CUUUCAUUUUUUUUUAUUCAUUUCUUUUUUUUGAAGCAAUAUAUGCUUAAUCUUUUUGCAGAAUGACUGAAUCUGCAAUGACUGAAGAGUCAUUUGUUGUGUUUUCCGGCGGAUCGGCCUGUAACUUUAUAGCCAACGCAUUUCAAUCCAUCACUCCCAACGUAUGCUAUGUACUCGGUAUUUCCGACAACGGCGGCUCUACUAGCGAACUACUGCGUGUGCUUGGUGGUCCUAGCAUUGGUGAUUUGCGAUCCCGCCUAAGCCGUCUGAUCAAUGUCGAAGGUCCCGAUGCCGAGGAACGCAUUGCGAUCAAGGAACUAUUGAGUUAUCGUCUACCAUGUCAAGGAAAUGAACACUCGAUUCGAGACGAGUGGUCGCUGAUUGUGGAAGGCAGACACAGAUUGUGGGACCGCAUUUCUACCGAGAAAAAAGAAGCCAUUCGAGGCUUCUUGGUGCUCUUCAACUGUGAAAUCCUAAAGCGGGCACACAAGCACUUCAACUUUUGUAAUGGGUCGAUUGGCAAUUUCUUCUUGACAGGAGCUCGCUUAUUCUUUGGAUCGUUGGAAGCGGCAAUUUUUCUCUUCUCAUCCAUUACCGCUAUCCGGGAACCGACCCAUGUGGUGCCUGCCAUUAACACCAAUCACACCGCCGCUAUUGCUGCCCUGUUAGAGGAUGGAGAGACGUUGCGUGGUCAAUGUGAAAUUAGUCAUCCAGGACAACACAAAGCCGGUCAUCGUUCCAUGAAUCCCAUCGAUGCAUUUUCUCGAUUGGCUUUACCGAAUUCGCCCAGUCAAGCUUCUCCUGACGGUGAAGUGAACGGCAACUUGGUCUUUAGUAAAACGACCGAAGAGAAACUGUCGGCGGCCAUUCGACGCAUUUAUUACAUGAACGAAUACGGCCAAGAGAUCUACCCAUUACCGAAUCCUAAGGUAUUAGCUCACUUGAAUACAAGGAAGCAUCUGGUAUAUUCCAUAGGUUCCCUCUACACAUCCAUUCUUCCCUGUCUUAUCUUGCGUGGGGUCGGAAACGUUGUGGCCAAAUCUCCCUCUUUGAAGUACAAAAUCCUGAUUUUGAACGGAACCCAGGAUCGGGAAACCGAUGGGUAUUCGGCCAUGGAUUUUAUCGGGACCAUUACAAAUGCAUUGAAUGAAAGUCAGCUGAUCGAUGCAAGACGCAAGUUUUACGAUUCGCAAGCGGAAGACGACACUUUGCUUGCUAGUCGUCGCAGCUGUUCACCGUACCAUCCAAGCUUUUAUCCUCGGCCGGUAGAUCACGGUUUCCGACAAUGGCCACCGCCACCUCCGGCGAGUUUGAAACCGUCUCCGCCUACACCUGUCGAGGGCUAUCCCGCCGGCCCCGAUGGCGCGAGUUUAGGAGACGCUUUCAUCUCCCCUCCUUUCCCCCCUGAAUUGGUCCCCAACUCCCCGCCCUCCUCUUUUAUUACUCACUUGCUCUUUCUCACUAAUUCACGUGUCCCUGUGGAUGUAAAUGCCAUUGAACAGCUUGGUAUCCGUUGUGUUGCCGUACCACCAGAUCCUCAAUCUGCCCCUGAAGAACCGCGGUAUGAUGCUGUACGCUUGCAGGAAGUGUUGGCCAAGGUUAUCUCUCAGUAAUCCAUCCAUAGUUCCAUGGAACUGUCAUUUCUCUUUGUCUUUUCAAAAAAAAAAAAUUCUAUAGAAUAAGGAAAAACUUGGCAUUGAUUUUGUUUUUAUCGUAAAUGCUGUCUGCUUCGAUUAAUUGCGAUAUUACCAAUUUAUUGCUGUGUCUUUCCAAUUUACAUCGUGUAUUUUUUUUCUUUUUUUAACUUAUUCAUUCUUUUAUUUAAUGUACCACGCACCCAAUGUAUUAAAACAAACAUGUUAAACCAUCUGU